AUGGAGUCGGAAGAGCUCAUGGCGAUGAACCACUGGGCUGCUCCCAGUCUUGAAGGCCAUCCCCCGAUGGUCCUCUGCUGCAACCGGUCCCAGGUCAUCGCGCCCCUAGGUAUCCGCAUCGCUCGAGUGGAGGACCACGACAACCUCGCGGCUGUCUUCGAUGCCCAGAGUGAGGUCGUCACCGCAGUCUACGGUGAUUUCUUCAUCGCGGAGCUCGUAGAGGCGCAGAACGAAGAGAACCGUGCGCUGGUGGCCGAGGUGGACGGCCGCGCGGUCGGACUGAUGUGCCUCACGUCAGAUGUGGACAUCAACGUCUUGGCCCAGUGCUUCCAGCUGGAUCCCUAUGACAACCUCCUCAAAGCGCCCUACAUGAAGCGUGUUCGCGCCCACGCGCGGGCGGUGCUUGAAGAUGGGGAGCAGGCAUCCCUGUGCUCCAGGGGCGAUUUUCUACAGGUGGCUCUUGGCUCCAUGGACAUGGGGGCUCUCCUGGACUCGAUCCCGCAGAUGGAGGACGGCCGCAUCAACGCUGUGCAGCUCCACGGCGCGCUCCAGAUGCAGGAGUUUGCCGAUGAAGUGGGGGAGGUGCUACAGGAAUUUGAGAAGAGCAUCAUGAUGCUGUUCUGGCAAGUGAACUUCCUGGAGCCGAUGUUGCAGGAGAAUUCCCUCCUCUUCCCGCAGAAGGUCAAUGAGUGCGUGCAGCUCUUCCAGAGCCUCGACAUCAACGAGCGGAAGAAGAUUGCGGGCGAGGUGCUUGGGAAGUGGACCGAAGUGCAGGACAUCCUGAAGCUGACGAAGGAAGCCAUUGCGGCACCAGAAGACGCAGAGCCUCUGGAGGAUGAUGCUUCGCUAGCUUGCUGUUGGCUGGGCCUCAGAAAGCCUUGA